AUGGAUAUUUCGGAAGACUCCAAAUACUCAUCUGUGCCUUUGUUUAACUCGUCGGAACAUAUACAAGUGACCAUGAGGGAUCAGUAUGGAAAUGCCAUCUUGCUCAGUGUUUUUGGGACCAUAUGCGUCUUGGGCAUCACUGGAAACUCUGUUGUCAUCUACACUAUCAUUAAAAAGACCAAAUGCCAGGCUAAAAAGACAGUACCUGACAUUUUUAUAUUUAAUCUCUCUAUUGUGGAUUUGCUCUUCCUCCUGGGCAUGCCUUUUCUCAUCCAUCAGCUCCUGGGCAAUGGAUCAUGGUGUUUUGGGGCUACCGUGUGCAAAGUCAUCUCUGCUUUAGAUUCAAACAGCCAGACAGUGAGCACCUACAUCCUUACAGCUAUGACACUGGACCGUUAUGUGGCCACCGUCCAUCCCUUCCGCUUCAACCAUGUCCGCACACCAUGUGUUGCUGGCACUAUGGUGGGGAUGGUGUGGAUUCUCUCUCUUCUCUCCAUCACCCCUGUCCUAAUGUACACUGGCCUCAUGCCUCUUCACAACGGUAGGGUAGGAUGUGCUCUCCUGCUACCAAAUCCAUCCACCAGUAUAUGCUGGUUCACAAUCUAUCAGUUUGUGUUAGCGUUUGCACUUCCACUCAUGGUUAUCUGUGUAGUGUUUUUCAAAAUCUUAAAGCACAUGUCCACCACGGUGGCUCCUCUACCCCCGAGGAACCAACAGGUACGCAAUAAGAGCGUGACCCGCAUGGCUGUGGCCAUCUGUUUGGCCUUCUUCAUCUGUUGGGCUCCAUACUACAUCCUCCAGCUUGUCCAUCUGGGAAUACAGAAACCCACUGCCUCGUUUUAUUAUGUCUAUCACAUUGCCAUUAGCAUGGGCUAUGCUAACAGCUGCAUCAACCCUUUCCUCUAUAUUAUUCUGAGCAAGACCUUUCAGCAUCAAUUUAUCAUAGCUAUCCAGCCUAUGCAAAACCAUUUUCGGGUCCACCCAAGCACCACAGAGGCAAGUGUGUCCCUCCGACUCACUGCAGAGUGCCAAAGACAUUGUCAUAGUGAUGGCUCAUAG